UUUGACUUCAAUUUCUGAGAGCUUUCAGCUUGAUUGGCAGAGUAUGAGGAAAUCUGCUGUUAAUUCAAAAUAUGAGAUGGGAUUUGAUGGCAGCAAUGGAUUUGAUCCCCAGAACGAUUUCUAUGAGUUUUUGGAAGAAGCAAAACACUAUGCAUUCGAAUCAGACUACCAGACAUCAUCAACCCCCUAUACAGAAGCAACCGGAGAAAAUAGAUCGGAGGCUUCAGGGCAGGAGAAGAAGAAGAAGAAGAGAUCAUGGAAGAAAUUACUAUUUCCGUGGUUGAAAAGCGAGAAGAUGAACAAAACUAGCACAAAACCAGCUACGAAAUCUCAAGUAUCCGAUGCAAGAAGGACUAAUGUUUCUGGUCCGGUAUUUAGCACUAGCGAGGUUAUGCAUGGCCGGCGGCGGCGCCCCUUAUCUGGGCCAAUUAACAGUUUGUUCAAACCAACAAAAAGAGCAGAUAGUGAGGUACAGGUACCCUAUAAGUGUCUAGAAAAGACCAGCAGCAUUCAAGUUGUUCAAACAUAUGGCCCUGUUUAUCUGGUAAGAUAGAGUAUCUUGAAGAAGUUGUCAUGGGAUUUAGUCCCCAUUUUCUGCAUCUUGGUGGAUGUUGACCCCCGAAAUGUAGCAAGUUUUCGCUGACGAGGAGAAGAAUGUUUGAUAUAGCAUUUUGCUGAAGUGCAAUUAAAUUCUGAAUUUUUACGUGCGCACGCUGUGAUGAGGAAUGCAGUAGGAGAUUUGAGGCAUCCCAGUUGGAGUAUUUGGAGUGUUAAAGCGUGUAAUAGGCUAGAUUGAGUUUGUACAUCAGUGUUAUGUUAUUGUCUUAUUGUUUUUGAUUGUGCCAUUGCUGGUAACCAGGA